AUGAACAUUGACCUCUCCUUCAAGUCGAUCUCCGAGCUUCGCUUUGAUCGAGCGCGGGCGUCGGAGGAGGAGGUGCUUGUUGCGAGUCGUGUGCAAUCGCUGAAUGCCGGCAACAACCGCAUCGAGCGCAUCAUUGGCCUGGGCGCCCUCUUCAACCACCUUGCCCACCUAGACCUCGCCUACAACGGCCUCGGCGGCCGCGCAGGCCCCGAUGCCUGCGCCUGGCUGGACGCCCUGCCGUCCUCACUCCGUGUGCUGAACCUCGCACACAAUGAGCUGAGUUCCUUCGCCCCUGACGCGCCGGUGGAAGGUGGCGGCAAGAAUAGACGUGGAGGCAACGGAGGCGCAGCCUUGGCAACAGCAGCAGGAGCAGCCACCGCCACCUCAGAGAAGCUGGAAAGGGCCUUGGGGCAUCUGCGUCGGGCGUGCCCAGUCACUUUGGCCCUUGUUUUUAGCCAAAAGCGUUUUCCCGAGCUUCACGAGGUGGAUCUUUCGUACAAUGCGUUACGCUUGACCCUGGAUGAGAGCGACCGCGUGGAGGCGAUGUGGCAAGAGGCCGUGGAGGGCCCAGCUGCAACACAUGCAUUUAACCAAGAGGACAACAAAGCGUGGCUGCAACGAACAAAGUCUGCGGUGGCUGUGCUAAAACUAGACGGAAACACACAGAUAUCCGCGCUCAAUGGUGUACUCUGCGGAAUGGAGGCGUUAACGCACCUUCGAGCAGCAAAUUGUGGAGUGUCCGAUCUGACCGCGGUCUCUGCGGCGGCAACGUUUUGCCCGAAACUGCACAGUCUUGAUAUGCGUGGCUGCCCCGUUGCAGAUGCAUUUAUAAGUGCCCCGCGGACAACCAUUGCCACCUUUCUCGAGUUGCUGCUGCUACCUUCUACUCUUUCCGAGCUUGGAGGGAGGGAUGCAGAGGGUGAGACGGAGGCAAAUGAAGUCGAGAAGCGCGCCGUUCUGCAGCGUAUUGUUCGCGAAGUUGCACAACAGCAUAUUGGACAAAUAGAAAUCCUUCUUGCGCGUCAACGGCCUUCUGGCGGCAACACCCUGGCUCAAGUGUUGUACGCGGCACUGCUGCAGCAAAUUAUUCCACAGAUAGCGGAGCUGGACGGAGACGUGGAUGUGAAUGCGGCGCGGGAGGGGCUCAUGAACGCCGCGCGGGAGGUCCUCGAACAGGUCAUAGAAAACACCGAUAGACCAGUCACGCAGGGGGGACGCAACAAGGCUUUACUCCCCGGCGUGAGAUCACAGAAUAAGCCGCCAAAGGAGAGACCUCGAGGGUCGGACCAAGCAGAGCAACCGAGGCCAGUGACCUCCCACGGGGGCACGGAUGGGUCCCGAGAUUCCUUGGACCCUCAGCCGCGUGAUGCCAGCCCGGCGGUAAGGAGAGGUAGAGAGGCGGUACCCGCCGCAGAGGGUGUGAACGGCGGCGUUCCUAGGCCCGAACGUGCACGCAGUGCGCAAAGCACGAUGAUGAUGAGGGCUGCGGCUGCGGCUGCGCAGCUUCGCCCGACGGUGGUGGUGACCGGCUCUUCUAGCGCCACCACCAGCAGCAACGCUGCCACCGUCUCCUCCAAAGCCACUGCUCCCAGCGGCGCUUUCGCCAAUAUCGUGGCCGAUGCCGAUAAUAGAGUCAACACGUCGUUUAGUAGAGAAGUUGAAUAUGCGACGGCGACAACAAGUUCCGCUGAGGCCAGCAAUAGUAGCAAUAAUGAUGGAGUCAGUGGCGUCCGUGGUUCUGUCCGUAGGGACAAUAGUAAUGUUGCAUACGGCGGGAGGAAAGAAGAUACAUCACUCGUAUGCGGCUCGGCGAACACCACAAACACGACGGUUAGUGCCGCACCUGGUGCACGGACGCACAGCGACAGCAGCAGUUUCUGUGAGGAAAGUGGAGGAGGAAGUCGAUUUCAACGUGCCCUCGCCGCUCUGACGCCAAUGCUGAUGCAUCGACUAAGAAGCGAGGGCUUACCGGAUCAUCAAGCUGUAACAACUGAGCCUGGUCGUUUCUCAAAGGAUGGGUUUGACACUUCGACCUUUUCGACAGCGACGUCGAAUAGCAACACCUUGGCGGCGAGGGAAAUGCUGCUGCAACAGGCGCACACUCUUGAGACGGCGCUCCUCGCCUCACAGGAUAGACAGCGGGGCAUGCAGGAAGUCGUGUCGCACCUAAAAGAGCAACUCCAACAAGACCGCCGUCUCAUCACUGACCAACGCAAGGAGGCGGCGCGACUGCGAGAGGAGUUAGACCAACUUGCGGAGUCGAACAGGCGCAUCGCACUUCGGGUAAAGAGGCGGCAAAAGGAGAUUGCCUACGGUGCAGCCGCUCUCAGACGCCGAGAGGCGGUGUAUCAGCGAAAGGCCGCGCUGGAGUACAUUGAGCGGGAGGAGCAAUCCCUUCAGCAGGCCGAACGCCGCCUGCGGGAGAAGUUGUCGCUGAGCGGGGCGUGGUCUCACACACGUCUGACUGACUUGACUGGACUCGUUCGGGCGACGACAACAAAUGGGAUGGAGGCGAUUCCACCACGCAAGACGCGUGCGGAUUUGCUUCGCGAGACCGCCGUAAAGGAGCGAAUGACCGCAAGGCGCAAGCAGGACACGUUGGCCUAUAACCCACGCAGAUUUCGCCCCAGUGAGUACGGCCUAAACGACGGCGAUGAAGGCAGCAAUUUGUCCAUGAAUGACACCAGCGUGAACGCCCAAACGGAGCGGGGCCAGCCUCCGCAGGAGACGAAGAGGCGCGGCAGAGGUGUGGACGCGGAUCGUAGUCGUGGCCAAGGCAGUGCGGGGGAGCGAACUCAUGAAAGGACGCCGUGGCGUAAAUGCCGGAGCAGCUCGUCAUCAUCGCAGGCAACCACAUCGACGGGGAAGGCGGCGAAGCCGGAGGUGGGGCCAUGCUCCAUGUAUGACAAGGGGUUCAGCCCAUACGGCGACGUGGAAAAGAGUGACGGAGUGCCUGAUAAUGGCGGUAAGAACUAUCGGCCAAAGUCCCUUGAGGGGCUCUCACUUCAACAGCUGUUUGAAGAAGCAGCAGUGAUACAACACCGGCAGCGUAUUCUACAGCAGCGCAUGAGUGGUGUUGCUAACGCUGCGGGGGAUGAAGCCGCUCCACGCGAGACGGAGGAGCGUGGUGCGAGCUUUCACGACGAUGACGCCGAGGCCACUUUUGGGAAGCGCACACCGUCGACGUGCAUGGGAGUGGUACAAGACGCAGCUGGCGGCGGACCGACGCUGCACUGCGCCGCCGAGGAUCCCUCGUGGCGCGGCAUGUACGGUAAGGCGCAGGGCAAUAAACCGCAUAUGGAGGCCAGCAACGACAAUGAUGACGAGGACUCGGUGGACGUGGUUGUGUCACUGGAAGAGAGCCACUUGAAAGGCGACUUUGUCGUCGCCGCUGUCCCGCCACCGGCUCCUACUUUUUGUGCUCCAGUGAGAAACGGGAACUUCACAGCAGAGCCAAAACGGCACACAGGACAGCCACAACAACAAGAAUACAAGGGUCAGGACGAGUCUUUGCUGCCGUCUCUUCCUGCUGCAGAGGAGCACUUCUCCAUGGAUGCUCGCCGCAUCUAUACAGAGAUACUGCGCCAAAGUCAAGAGCAGCGUCAACAAAGAAUACGCGAAGUCUCCCAUCCUGAACAGCAACAGCAACAGCAGAAAACAGAACUGGACGGGGCGAAGAUGGAGGGGGAAGAAGAAGUAGAGGGGGAGGAACCGUCCACCGUUUCGACGGAGCCGAAGGGCUCCUCGAUCACUGAGCAUGAUAAUAUGUUGAAUGGUGAAGACGCGACCGAGGAAGCCCGUAGGUGUAAUUCGCAGCUUAACGAGGGUGAACUUCAUGCUCACACAACAAGUCGCGCGCUUUUCUCUUGA